GCAGAACAGACGUCGAUUGUUGAUUACGUCUUCAUGUCGAUGCACGAGGGGAGAGGUAGCAAGUUUUACUGAGCUAGUUGGAGCUCUGGACUGUAAUUUAAAUCAUGGGGAAGCAGAAAACAAAACAGUUUGCAGCAAUGAAGAGAAUGAUUAGUUUGAAAGACCACAGAAUAAAAGAGAAGGACCGUGCAAAAACAAUACAGAAAAAGAAGAAAGAUCCCUCCAAGCUGAAGGAGAGAGAAGUGCAAAAGCAUCCAUCAUGUCUGUUCUUCCAGUAUAAUACUCAGCUUGGCCCACCGUACCACAUUCUGAUUGAUACCAAUUUCAUCAACUUCUCCAUCAAGGCCAAACUGGACAUUGUUCAAUCUAUGAUGGAUUGUUUGUAUGCUAAAUGCAUUCCGUAUAUCACAGACUGUGUGAUGGCUGAGAUUGAAAAGCUUGGAAUGAAAUACAGAGUUGCACUCAGGAUAGCCAAGGAUCCGCGGUUUGAGCGCCUGCCGUGCACACACAAGGGAACAUACGCUGAUGACUGUUUGGUCCAAAGGGUGACACAGCACAAAUGCUACAUCCUGGCCACUGUGGACAGAGAUCUGAAGAGAAGAGUCAGGAAGAUACCCGGGGUGCCCAUCAUGUACAUCUCCAACCACAGGUAUAAUAUUGAACGGAUGCCUGAUGACUACGGUGCUCCGAGGUUUUAAAAAGCCUGAACCAUAUCUGGACCUGUACAUAGACUGAAGUUUCUUGUUGAUAACUGAUUUCCUUUUGUGCAUAUUAAAAAUAUUGAGUUUAAUUUGCUGAAGAUGGAGGUGUGUUUGAUCAAACUACACAUUUCAUUGUUUUGUUGCUAUGAAAGAUUUUGUUACAGUUUGUUCAUUGAAUUGAAUUGAAUUGAAUAAAUGAAUCAGUGAAAUGCA